AUGGAUAUAAAUGAGAUAAUUGGAGAGACAGCAAGGUCAGUGAAAUUGCCAACAAAGAGUGCAAUUUAUGUGUGGGGAUAUAAUCAAAGUGGGCAAACAGGGAGGAAAGGCGAAGAGGGUCAAUUGAGAAUUCCGAAACGGCUUCCUCCUGAGCUUUUUGGGUGCCCUGCUGGUGCUAAUGCUAGGUGGUUAGAUAUAGCUUGUGGCCGUGAGCAUACUGCUGCUGUGGCUUCUGAUGGAUCACUUUUCACAUGGGGUGCUAACGAAUUCGGUCAAUUGGGAGAUGGCACUGAGGAGGGCAGGAAUUACCCAAAGAAAGUGAAGCAAUUGGAGACUGAGUUUGUGAAAUCUGUAUCCUGUGGAGCACAUUGUACUGCUGCUGUUGCAGAGCCUCGUAAAAAUGAUGGAGCCAUCUCAAGCAGACUCUGGGUUUGGGGACAAAAUCAGGGAUCAAAUUAUCCACGUUUAUUCUGGGGAGCCUUUUCACCAAACACGAGUAUCCGCCAGGUGUCCUGUGGUGCAGUUCAUGUGGUGGCUUUGUCAGAGGAUGGCCUACUACAAGCUUGGGGCUACAAUGAAUGUGGUCAACUUGGCAGAGGUUUCACAUGUGAAGGACUGCAGGGGGCUCGUGUAAUAAAUGCUUAUGCGAAGUUUCUUGAUGAAGCCCCUGAGCUCGUGAAGAUUACCCAAGUGUCAUGCGGGGAGUACCACACAGCUGCAAUAUCUGAAAAAGGCGAGGUCUAUACUUGGGGGCUAGGAAACAUGGGCCAACUGGGGCAUACUUCUCUUCAGUCUGGGGAUAAAGAGUUACUGCCAAGGCGAGUGGUCGCCCUUGAUGGAAUCUUCACCAAGGAUGUUGCAUGUGGAGGAGUACACACUUGUGCAGUGACUCAGAAGGGAGCACUUUAUGCUUGGGGCGGCGGUCGAGCUGGGCAAUUGGGCCUUGGCCCUCAAACUGGAUCUUUUUCAUUCAUUCCAAGUGAUUCUGAAUCCUUUCUGCGAAACAUCCCUGUUUUGGUUGUCCCGACUGAUGUGCAACUUGUUGCUUGUGGACAUUCUCACACACUUGUUUCUAUGAAGGAUGGAAGAAUUCAUGGAUGGGGUUACAACAGUUAUGGUCAGGCAGCGAAUGAGAAAUCUACUUAUGCUUGGUAUCCAUCACCAGUUGACUGGUGUGUAGGGGAACUGCGAAAACUAGCAGCUGGUGGUGGCCAUUCGGCAGUGUUGACUGAUGCUUGUUCCUUGAAAGAGUUGUGUGAGUUUAGACUUGCAGAGAAUGUCACUUUAUCAAAUGCUUCUGAGAUUGAGGAUGUUGCGUCCAGAACAGGAGCAGAUGCUUUAGCACGCCUCUGUGGAAGAUUGAGGGAGCUUUUGCCUGGUGGUGAUUUAGAUUAUGAAGAUAUCAGCAACAGGAAGGACUGA